AAGAAGUUUAAAUCGAAAACAAAAGUAGACUGGGGUAACUCCAUUUCUUGUGAUAACUAAGAAAGCAUAGCAACCACUCUCACAGCAGAUGUAUGGUGUCUUUUGAACUCUGAUGAUGAAAGCUGAAAUUUUAGGAUGUUUGUGAACUUGAUUGCAAAAGACGAGGGAUGAGCUGAAAUUUUGACAAUCUUGAAUACUGACUAAAACUUAAAGAUGAUAGCAAUUAAUUUGAAUUCUUCUGCAGAAGUUAAUGUCACACAUGAUCAUAUUUCUAAAAUUGUGUCGUAAGGUAUGAACUAUUACAUAACAAUUGAACUAUUACAAUGGAAAAAGAUGCAAUAAUCUUAGGAAAAGAAAUAACAAAUGGACUGCGUGUAGCAGAUUUAAAAGAGGACUUAAUAAAAUGGCUGACAGUGAUAAAAUCAGUGUUAGUUCCUCAAGCUCUUCAAGGGAAUGCUGGGACAUCAAGCGUGUAUGGCUAUGAAAGCUCAACUCUCAUCUCCUUAAGGAGCGCUGUGAUAAAAACCUAUGGCAUGAAAAUAUACAGCUGCCUCAUGUCAAAGAUUUCUGUUCAGAUGUUGUCAAAACUGGGCACAGAGAACACUGAACUUUUCAAAUCAAUAUUUUUGGAGGGUCCUCCGAAAGAAUCUUUUUUCUCUUUAUUUCAGGCUGUAACUGACUCAGAAAGGAAAGAUUACAAAUUUCACAAAUGUGUCUCAUUGCUGGAAGAGUUCCUGACUAGACAAAGAUUGGCUCAGCUCCUCCAGGAUGAAAGUCAGGCAGGUGAAGAUGGCAGCUCAUCCACUCAGGUCCUGGAUGUUGAGGCAGAAAUCUUGAUUGGCUAUCUCACCUCCUUACCUGAGAAAAUGGCCAACAGACUGCAACAUGAAAACAGCGAGAAAUUUUUGCCACAAAACUACAUACCAAUGACCAGUCUGGCAUUGUUGGACGUGCUACAGUGGGGUCAUGACCUGGUGGCCGCUGGUCAGAACGUGUCUCUGCUUGUGGUCAGUGUGCUGGUGGGCAAGUUGUGCUUUACUGGACAUGCAGACGUUCUGCUGGACACUCUACUGCCCCAGUUGAGUGUCAAGGUCAGACUGGAUUACAUCUGGUGUAGGAUCUGUGAGAGAGUUUUUGCUGGGGUGCCAGUCAGGACUCUGGAGUCUGUUAUUGUUCCAAUGAUGAAGAAACUCUCCUGGUAUGGCCUUGCUGACAAGUUCCUGGGAGAUUGUGUGGUGCACACAACUAGCGUGAAAAUGUUGCUGUGUACGAAGAUGCUGUUGCACCGAACUUACAGCAAACCUAAAAGAAUUCUUCACAAUAUUAUUGGAUAUUUAUCUGCCUCACACACCAGAAGACAUCUCCUGAUAGAGGUAUUUUUGAAUGUGGUGAGAGUGUGGGGUGAUGGUAGCUCUAUGAAGCACAUCUCAGUGGAACAGCACCUGUACAUCUCCAAGGUUUUGAUGGUGUGUAUGGGAGCCAUCAAUGAGGUUGAGAAGAAAGCUCAUAAGGAUGAACUGAUGCGUGAGUUGAUGCCUGGGGUACAAGCGCACCUGGAGAGCUCAGACCCCACAAUGAGGCUGGCCGGGAUGACCAUUGCUAAAACCUUGAUACACACGCUGGAGCCCACUGGGCCUCAGCUGGAGUUUGACCUUGACCUGAAUAACGCAGUGGUCAAGGAUCUCCUGGAGUUCAAGGACUUGCCAGCAGACCCUGGACCUACAGAGGAGGAAAGGGCCAUCACAUCCGAAGAGAAAAUUUCAUCCAUACCCAGUGGAAAGGUUGAAGAAAGUUUGAAGUCGCUGAGCUUAGAAGAUGAGAAUGGAAAGAAAACAGAUGAUGACUCAGAGUUGGACAGUGAUGAUGACUUGGAGCCAUAUGAUAUGUCCAAUGAUAAAAAAUUCACAAAGAUUUCGCCUCCCAAAUAUGUGCGGGAUUGUAUGGAAGGUCUAAUCUACAGCACCAAGGACCCAGACAAGACAGAGCUGUGUCUGCAACACGCUGAGGGUUUAAUCAGACGAGCAACAUUUGGCCUGGAGGAGAUUGCAGUAGAGUUCACUAAAGUUCUGCUACACAUGGAGGACACCCACAGCUUUGAGAAUUUCCUGGUCAACAGAUUUUCAGCCUUGGUUGCGCUAGCAGUCACUAGCCCAGCUAAUGUGGCUGAGUUCCUGUGUUCUCAGUUCUAUGAGAAAAAUUACAGUCUCAGGCAGCGCAUGGACAUUCUUGAGGUCCUAGGUAAUGCAGCAGAAGAACUCUCCACACCAGAGAAACAAAAAGAUGACAGUAAAACCAAAAAGAUUGUUGAAAUUUCCCCAAACUUCGACCCUUCAGACUGGAGGCAGGUGGUCCAGAAGCGGAUAGACAGCAACACGCGGCGUUUUGUCCACGGGAGGUCAAAACCAGAACCAGUCCCUACACUGAACCGGUUCGCCCCUGUGGCUAGCCAGUUUUUCUACCCACUGAUGACCAAAGUGGACAGAACUGAGCCAUGCCUGGACCUACUGGGCAAGGACCACACACUGUUGUACAGGCUGCUCUAUACACUGGCCAUUGUCCUGCACUCAUCCAUUAAUCUACCUGGUGCUGGUCAGAUGGGGCGGGCUCUACUGGAGUUUACCUGGCCAAUCAGGUUCCACUCGGACUGCUUUGUACGCCAGUCUGUACUAGUGUGUACCAGCACAGUUUUUCUUGUGGUGCCAGCCUUUAGUCUGAUGACUGACCUGCAGGCGGACAUUGCUGAGACCAUGGCCUGGCUAGAGGACGUAAUAGAGAGAGACCCAGACAAUGAGUGCCAGAAAAUGGCCGCCCAGACCUUGAUGCUGCUCCAAGGUCAAGUCAAGAGAGAGGUGGAGGACUCAAAGAGCAAAAUAAGAUGAGUGGAUGGUAUCCAUUGUUGGAUGGUAUCCAUUGUUCUAUGGUAUCCAGUGUACAGUGGUAUCUAGUGUUGGAUGGUAUCCAUUGUUGGAUGGUAUC